AUGUUAAUGUAGACACAAGAUUUUUUUAAGAAAAUUGUUUAAUAUAUUAAGAUAUUUCAGCAUGUUCACUAUGUGAUUCAGGAUAUCAAUUAUAUUAAACUAAAUGUGUUUAAUCUUGCUCUAUUUAAUUCAAAAUUUUGUAUUGACUAUGAAGAUAUCUUUCCAUGA